AUGGUGAGGCCGUAUGGGAUUAAAGUGAACAAGAGAAAGGAGAGACAAGAGAGGUACGAUAAAGAAGAAGAAGAGGAAGAGGAACAAUCCAAGUUUGAGCGAGCUAAAGAAAAUGUGAAGAAGGCGAAAAGAGAAAACACCGAGGAGGAACUAAGUGAGAAUGAAUCAGAAGAUGAUGAAUCAUCAGAUGAUGAUGAUGUGGGGAUACCUAUUGUUCUUGCUGAUCCUAAACCGGAAAAGGAAAAGCCCGGCGUCAUUUUCGUGCUUGAGAAGGCCUCUCUUGAAGUUGCUAAAGUUGGCAAGACUUGCGUGCUACUGAACUCUCAUGAUCAUGUGAAUUUCUUGACAAAAAAUGGCAGAGAUUAUCGUGAUUACCGGCCAGACAUAACUCAUCAGGCCCUUCUAAUGAUUUUGGAUAGUCCGGUUAAUCAAGCUGGGAGGUUAAAGGCUGUCUAUGUGAGGACAGAAAAAGGUGUUCUUUUUGAAGUUAAGCCGUAUUGUAAGUUAUCAAAAACUUACCACCGGUUUGCUGGACUCAUGUUGCAAUUGCUACAAAAUCUGAAGAUUACUAAAAACGAUAUCCGUGAGACACUGAUGCGGGUGAUCAAGAACCCUGUUGAAAAAUAUCUACCGCCUGGCUCCAGAAAAAUUGGCUUCUCUCGUAGCUCUGAGAAGCUCAUCAAGCUGCACAAGCACUUACCUACUGUCUGUAAUGAAUCAGACACUGUUUUUGUGCUUGGUGCGAUGCAUAAAGGGAAAAUAGAGUGCGACUAUAUCGAAGAUUUUGUGGCGGUUUCCAAGUAUCCUUUGACCGCAGCCUACUGUGUCUCAAGAAUCUGCGAGGCAUUAUCAUUGAAUUGGGAUAUAGUAUGA